UAGAACUGACUCAAGAAAAAGGAAACCGAAAAUAUUUUGGGCAAUGGCAACCGAGCCCGUCCCAACUCCCAACUUGUAAAUUUGCCAUCAACAGUUGUUUUCGCAAUCUCUUGACAUUAAACCUCCAGAUCAAAUGACAACCGUCCGAUCAAAUUCAACCCUUGUCCUCUUCUUCCUAAUCCUCCUAAUCACACCUUCCCAAUCACUCUCAUUCUCUUCCUAUUUCCGUUUCCGCGAAUUCUUCUCCCUCGCACACUCCAUUUUCACCGGCGUCGCUAACCUCCGUGCCGCCAGAGGCGAUGUCGCCGGUGCCGACAGAGCCAGAAAAAUCGCAAACAGUUUGGAGAGCGUCUCUGGAUUUGGAUUCUUGAAGCUCGUCUGGUCCGCUUGGUCUUGGAACUGGUUCCUGAAGGAACUCCCGUUCACGGAGCUAUAUGGUGCCGUUUCUGACAUCAACGAGUUUCUUAGAAGUUUGAAUGAGUUGACUCGUUUGGAAUCGGCAGCGGAAAGGGCUGUUUGGCUUACGAGAAAUUACCAAAAUCUCCUCACCGUUACGAAAUCGCUGUCUCGUAAACUCCUCAAAGCGUUUGGUCAAUCGGAAACGGUGAGGGAAAUAGUGAAAACGCUGCGAAUUGAGGUUGUGGAGGGUGGGUUAAUCAAAGAUUGUCUUUUACUUGGAGGCAAUGAUUUGAAGGAUUUGAUUAAAGUUGCCAAGGAUUUGGUAUUACAAUUUUUUCCUGUCACUGAUAAAAACUCUGAGCUAUAAUUAGUUUAGUUGCUUUUAGGUAGGUUUGGAGCUAUAAUACAAUGGCUGUAUCAUUACUCUCCUAACCACGUACUAAAUUGGAAUGAUAUGAGAAAAAUUGUAAAUGCCAGGUUUGUUAUGAAGUUUGUUUAACUGAAUAGUUUUUGUUUUAAGAAAAAAUUUGUUUUGAGA